UCACCCUAUGCCUAACCACCAGUCUGUAGUGCCACAAGAUCUGACUUCUGCUCCAUUAUUCCUGGUAUUCGUUUAGACAGGAGACAUUCUCUGAAGUCGCCGACCGGAAAGACUCCAUCUGGAGGGCACGAGACUAGCCCAGACGCUGAAUGAAUUUGGUGAAAUGAGGCUUAAUAACCUAUCACUUCUCUACCAACAAGUAGCUCCUUACGAUCAGAAGUGUCAGCUCAGCAUUUGGGGCUCUGAAUUUGGGGUGUAAAGCAAAAUGCACAGUCCUGGUCCAGUGCACAUUGGGUGGAGCAGCUCUGAAGGAGGGGAGAGGGGGGCUGUUCCAUGCACUGUGCACUGGAGAGUUUUUAGUUUCGUUUUUGGCUGGUCUCUGAGAAUAAAUCAUUGUUGAGCUUCCUGUUUGCAUGCAUAGAAGCAGUUUCCUGAGGCUGUGGUCCAUCUUCUGAGGAAGCAGCAUGGAAGAGACAGUGAGAGAUCGUGUGCUGGGAAUCCUGGAAGACCUGGGAGAAGAGUUUGAGACAUUUAAAUCCAAACUGAGUGAAAUUCAGUUGCAAGCAGGCUUUGGAAACAUCCCCUGGAGCACACUGCGGGUGGCAGGCCCCAGAGCCCUAACUGAGGAGCUGCUCAGUUGGUCCAAGGAUGAGAAUGGUGUGGAGGUGACUAGGAAGGUGCUGAGGGCUAUAAACCAGGAAGACCUGGCAGCGAGAUUGACAAAAACAACGGGAUCUGGUGGUUCAAAUCCAGACCAGGAAUCAGAGACUCACCAAGACCCAGAGAUGGUGGGGGAAGAACUUCUUAAAGAGAGAAAGAGAGCACUCCAGGACCUCCUGGUCACGCUGAAGAUGGAGCAGCACAGAAGCAUGAAACUGGGGUUGAAGGAUCUCCAAGAAAUAAACCAAGAAAAUCUACAGAACUGGAUUCCUUGGGCAUUAGAGGAUUUACCGUGGCAUUUUAUGAGGAAGGUCAUGGCUUUGAAUGGGACAGCCAGAAACACGAGCCUUGGGCAGAGAGCACCUGGUGACCAAGCCAGCGGUGAGGAGAACGGGGGACAAGGCGAUGGUGGCAAUGUUCUUCAUCAUAGCAACAUGGACGUUAGAGCUUCUCUGAACCCCCUCGAUGUUCUCUGUGCCGUUCUGCUUUGCUCAGACAGUUUCCUACAGCAGGAGAUCCUGUUAAAAAUGUCCAUGUGCCAGUUUGCCCUCCCUCUGCUGCUACCUGCCCUCGACACCCCCAAGUGCACCCUAAUGCUGUGGGCCAUGAGGGCCAUUGUGAGAAAGUGGAGGCCGCACUCCCUGGCAGAGAGCAGAAGGUUCAUAGAGGAGAGCCUGGUGCUCACGUCAAUGCCAACCGUUUCCUUUGUGCGGAUGGGGAGCUGCAGCUUCUCCAAGUCCAAACUCCUCAAUGAGGUUCUCAGCCCCUCCCAGCAGCACCACGAUUUCUUCAUCCAUCGCGACAUGGAGUCUGGGAAUGUCCCUCGGGAAGUUGCAGAUGGGCUGGUGGAGAUUUCCUGGUAUUUCCCUGGGGGGAAUGAGAGCUCAGAUCUUUUCCCAGAACCCGUCGCGGUUACAAAUCUGCGCGGAGACAUUGAGUCGCACUGGCUGCGGUUCAGCUUUUUAACAGAGGUCUCCUCAGCAGUGUUCAUAGUUACUGAGAGCAUCAGUGAGAGACAAUAUGCACUGUUAUCAUCUCUGCUGGGAUCAGCCACUGAAUACUACUUCAUCCUCGGUGCCCAGGCUGAGAAAUAUAGUCAGACUCUGGGUUUCCUUAGUAAAUUAGCCCCAGUGCUGAAACUGAACAAAUUAAACGUGCUGGAGAAAAGCAACACCACAAAUCAGACAGAAUUUGUAGAAAAUCUCCAGCACACGAUACGAAGCAUAAUGAACUCCUCUAACAAGAGAGUAAAUAUAGAAGCCAUGGCUACGGCAGCACGUGAAUUAGGUGUCCUGGUAGAUGAGGACUGUGAGGAAUGUCAGAGUGGAAGCAAGUGGGCUAGAGAAAUUACCAUGAACAUGAGAGAUGUGUCCAACUGCAAGACAGAAAUGCUGAAACUCCAAGGAGAUCUGUGGAAAACUUUGACUAAAGUUGAAAAAGAGCUGUGCAGAAUGAAAGAACAAGGGACUGUCCCUCCUGAAGACUAUAAAGUGCAGCUGAAAGAAAAACUGUCAGAGCUUCAUGCCCAGCAAAAUAAUUGUGAGCUUAACGAUGGGCUGAUUAAAUUUAUCAAUGGACUAGAACAACUUACUGCAGUGGAAAAACAUCACUUCCUCAAAUGGCUGAAAUAUAAGCUGGAUCACAUUGCUAAGGAUGAACAUGCCAGACUACAAGCUCAGUAUAAUGCUUUGGCAGGUGACCCACAAAAGCUAGAAGAACUGGGUGAAUUCAUCUCUGCCGGUUCCUUAGGGGUGGAGCAUUUCCUGCGUGAGUUGGGGCAGUUGUAUGAGGCUGAACAUGCAAUGGUGAAGGAAGGUAAAAUGGCAGAAAUCGAAAAGCAAUUCACCCGUCUCCCAGGCAUAGCAGCUGACCUGAUGCUGGAAGGGUUUCCCAUGGAGCUGAUCGAUGGAGAUGCCUCCAAUAUCCCACUGCAGUGGAUGACAGAUGUUCUGACCCAGCUCCAUGUCAAGCUGGGGGAAAAGUCCAGAAUGCUGGUUCUAACGGUUCUGGGAGUGCAGAGCACUGGGAAAUCCACCCUCCUCAACACCAUGUUCAGCCUGCAGUUUGCAGUGAGCAGUGGCCAAAGUACACAUGGAGCCUUCAUGUCACUCAUUAAAGUGGCAGAGAACUUUCGGGAAGACCUGGGCUGUGAUUUCAUCCUGGUGAUAGACACAGAAGGCCUGAAAGCCCCUGAACCAGCCAAGCUGGAGGAUAGUUAUCAACAUGACAAUGAGCUGGCCACACUGGUGAUUGGACUGAGUGACAUAACAAUUGUUGACAUGGCCAUGACGGAGAACGUCACCGAAAUGAAGAAUGUUCUGCAAAUUAUGGUCCAUGCCUUUCUCAGAAUAAAGGAAAUCAGGCAAAACCCCCAGUGUUUAUUUGUGCAUCACAACGUCAGGGAUAUGUCUGCGCAUGGACAAAACAUGAGGGACAGGAAGCACCUCCUGGAGCAGCUAGAUGAAAUGACCAAAGCUGCAGCAAAGAUGGAAAAACUACACAAAGAAGUGACAUUCUUAGAUAUUAUGGACUAUGAUCCAGUAAUACAAGAUUGGUACCUCCCCAGCCUGUGGCACGGAGUCCCUCCCAUGGCGCCAGUGAACUUGCAAUACAGUGAGAGCGUGGGGAAGCUGAAGAAACACCUGUUUCAGUUGAUAAGAAUCCAUUCAGUUGAGAUUCCUCCCAAAAACAUUCCCCAGUUUACUGAAUGGAUGAAGAGCCUGUGGAACGCACUGAAGCAUGAGAACUUCUGCUUCAGCUUCAGAAACCCCCUUGCCACGGAGGCCUACAACCAGCUGUCUGCCAAGUUUUCUGAACUGGCAUGGGAAUUCCAAAAGAAGAUGCAUCUCUGGCUGUCCGAACAAGAAACUUUCAUCCAGAAUCAGGCACCAGAGGAACUGGAAACCGAGAUCUUCACUCAGUUAAGUCGGGAAACCCAGCAGAAACUGCAGCAUGAAGAAGACAAGAUUUUUGAGUGUUUGGAAAAAUAUAUAAAAGAUGGAGCAUCAGGCACGUAUAUGUUAGAGAUCAAAGAAGAUUUCAUCAGGAGCUCAAAAAGCACGACAUCUACGUUUCACCAUUAUUCACACCAACAGCUGGAGAGAGCAAAGAACAAUAGAAAGCGCCAUUGUAGGUAUUACAAUAGUGAGGCUGAGUUCAGGAAAAUAAUUGAACAAGAGGUUGACAAGCUUCUGGAAGACUGCAGGAGUCGGGAGCGUAAACUGAACAACGAGGAACUGGAGCGGGAAUUCCAGGCAAUGUGGAGAGGGGUGUUGUCCGAGUCAAUGUUAUUUUCUUCAAUGAAGCAAACCAUUUUUCAAGAAAUGCAAAGCCUGCUGGAAGAGGACCUGGAGAUUCGAGGGAGACUGAUGCAUCAAGAAGCUGGGAGCUUGCUACAUUAUUCAAUGAGUUCUUUUACAAUGAAAAAAGAACACUUAGAUUUAGCAUGGUCCGAAACUUUGAAGGAACUGUUCACAAAGGAAAACUGGCUUAAAGCAGAGGAACUUGCUACAUCCUUAAUGCGCCAGUGCUCUGCUUACAUUGAUGAGAAAGCAAAUUCCAAAGCAGACUAUGAUGAAAUCUAUUGCAGAGAAUUGCUGUGUAUGAUCAAUGAGAGACUCCAACAGGAGGAUGUUUCAAAACUUCACACUAGUAGCUGCUUUGAAGUUGACCUGAAGUUUCACAUUUUGGGAGAAGCUGCUCAUGUGUUCCAAGAAAUCCAUGAUAAUUUUAUGAAAGAAACUGACCCUCAGAAAAGUCAGAAGAAACUUAAACUUCAGUAUUUCUCCAUCCUGAAAGAUCUUUACCUAGACAAAGAGGUAAGUCACAAGAGAGCCAGGGAUUUCUGUGACCAGUGUCUGAAACCUGCCCUGGUGGAUUAUAUGAAUAAGAGGCUAGGAAUAGCAAUAGCGGAUGACAUUCUCAGAAGUGGACAGUCCAUUGAUUACUCCAGCCGGGGCUUUUUCCAAUUUACCACACAGAAAAAAUUGUUGGAGGAAAAUGAUUUUUACAACUAUGUGAGAUAUAUUGAAAACUAUGAAGAUUUUGUGAAAACCUGGAUACAGAGACACCUGGUUGAUCACUACAGUGAGAACGAAGGCCUGGAAGAUUUGGAGAAAGAGAUUCUAUCCACUGUAAUAGACAGAGUCAGGGGCACUCUGGAAAACUCCAAAGAUAAGUCUAACACAGUCUUGGCCUUUACAGACAACUUUUGCAAAGUGCUGCAGAAAGAUCUGGUCAUUUCCAAAGACAGCUUAGUGGGGAUACGGUUUAUAAACACAGUUAACACUGGGAAAUUCAUUGCUUUUAUUCAGACUUCCCUUUCUCACCUGGAGCAACAAAUCUUAGCUGAAUUUAAAAAUUUGGAAACAGAGUCUAAACUUUCCCUUCUGUCAGUGAAGCCCCAGGAUGAAAUCUUCAAGCGAGUGUUUGGCUGUGGGAAGCAGUGUCCGUUCUGUAACGUCCCGUGUGAGGCAGCAGGUACUGAUCAUAAGGAGCAUUUUGCAUCAGUACAUCGGCCUCAAGGAUUAGGGACAUACCGGUGCAUUGAAACAAACAUACUAGCUUAUGAAUUAUGCUCCUCUGCUGUGAUUUCCAAUUACAUAUUCCAAUGCCCGGAGACACAAUGGAAGGAUCAUCCUUUUAAAGAUUAUCGCGCUAUUUUUCCCAGCUGGUGCAUCCAGCCAGACCCCAGCAUCAACACCUCUGAUUACUGGAAGUUUGUUUUUAAGGAGUUUAAUCAAGAAUUUGCUGAAAGGUAUCAUGCUGAACCAGCUGAUCUCCCAGGGGACUGGGAAAAAAUAACCAAAGAGCAGGCUCUGGAGAGCCUGGAGGAAGCAUUCAAAAUGAAAUAACCAACACGCUGAGAAAAUCCAUUUAAAUGGCAGUGCAUUUGAUUCAGCAGAACAACAACCGGUAACUUCUGUUACUUAUUUAAUAUUCUUUAAAAGUGUGUGUGUUUGUAAUCUGUGGGAAAUAUGGAAAACUCCGGUACAAUUUGCAGCUUUCAAAUGGAGACUGAAAGCAAGAAAACUGGUUUUAUUUUGCAUCACGUAACUAUGUGAUACAUCAAAAUAGGAGUGCAACAUCAUCUUUUAAGGUGUGGCGUGACAGCAUUGUGCAUCCCCAAGGUACGCCGUCUCCCGAUAAGCACCGUCUCGCUGUCUGCGUCAAACGUGCUCCAGUGGCCAAUAAAAAGCUGUUUUUUUUCUAACUGACAAUCCUGAAAAACCUCAGCCUGGACUCUAUGAGUUGUUCCCUUCUCACAUCUCAUCACCAGGGAAAGAUUCUGCAGAACAAGUUAGGCCUGGUAUACUCUUAAAACUUAUACUGGCGUAACUGUGUUGGUCAAGAGUAUUAAAAAGAAAACACACCCGCAUAUGACAUAGCUAUGCCGGGGAAAAACCCAGUGUAGUUGCAGCGAUGCCAACAGAAGAGCAUAUCUGUGGUUGUGGCUAACAUUGUCCAGGGAGGUGGCAUUCCUACACCAGCAGAAAAAUGGAAACAUCAGCAUACGGUGCAUCUACACUGUGCCCACAUUGGCUCUGUAGCAUAGCCAAAGCCUUAGUUACAACUGCAACUCAUUCUCUAAUGGGUUGUAGGCCUUGUGUACAUUUGAAAGGUUUGUGAGACAUCUGCACCAGCAUAGCUGUACUGGCAAAGCCUCCUAGUGUACUCGGUUUAUACCACUAAAAAAGUCCUCUUGCUGGUGUAGCUUGUAUCAGAUCCCCUAUUAAAAGAAGGGUUUUUGCCAGCAUAGUUACAUCAGCAAAAAAAUGCUACCACGGCUCCACAAUUAUUUAUACCCUUGCCGAGCCGACACCAGUAUAUGUCUGUGAGUUGGGAAUCACCCUCCUAGCUUGGCAUCCAGACGUAGCCUCCAAUACACAAAAGGAACAGGCCAGUCCUGUAAAAAAGUGCCACUUUUACACUCCAUUUAUACAGCAGAUCUAUGCAUUUAUCAACUAACUUUAAGCUCCCUGUUUUAGAUGUAAUCUUAAUUGUCUGAGUCUUAGCUAACACAUUCUUGCUUAUCCAAAUUGGAUGCAUCUCCUAAACUUUGACAUAAAUUCUGAUAGUACAGAGCACUUAAUAUUUGCAGCGCUGAACUGCUCAAGAAAUCCAAAAGGAUAGAAGUUCUGGUCCAGGACAGAACUAAACUUCACAGACGUAGAGUGUUUGUGAAGCUGAGUUUGACAGAGCUCUUUUACUCAGCAGGGUUGAAACUCUGGGUUUCUCUCCCAUUUUAAUCAGCUGGCACUGGGAAAGCAUAUCAGUCUCUCUAUAGUCACGAGUGUACAGAUGUCAAAGCUAACUAGGCCUGCUCACAUGAUUGUCCAGUGCUUUUGGCCAGGAGUUAAAUGCAAUUGUAAUACACAGGUUUUAUUAAAAUAUAGUAAAUAAAAUGUGCGGAAUGCUGUCUUGUCCGCACUGUGAAAAGGUCCUACCUUAAUCUUGGAAAAUGUAGGUCACUUCACUCAAUUCCUCCUUUUUUUUUUUCUUGAUAAUGAAAGUCCAGGUAAACCAAAGUCUAAACAAAAGUCCAGCUCAAGCAAGAUUCUCCACUAAGGGUCUGGUCAGCUUCCACUUCUUCUCUUGGAGUGUAACCACGACACAUAUGCUUGGUCCCUCAGAGACAAAGCAGAACUUCCAUUCACCCUCUUCCAUGAGUUCCAGCCUUGUGCCCUGGCCCUCAUAAUGUUCGUUGUCUAAGUGUACUGUAUAGGAGCCUCCCUUUCAAUAAACUUGUAGAGCUUCUAUCA